AUGUCAAUCAGCGGACCGUGUGCCUGGUUGUCCUCGCUGCCGCCUCCAGUGACCUCUCACCUGUCUGGGAUUCAGAGUAACUGGCCAACGGCCUCCUGGAACAGUGAACAGGCCCCGUCGAGACCCAAGGUGACUCCAUCCAAGUCGAUCGGGAGGUGGGAGAAAGACGGCGAGCCGUCGAAACCGUCCCCAGCCGCCAUGCAUCCGGCGGUGAUCAAGGCUGAGAACGCCUUGACGGCGGCGAAUCGUGCGGGCACAUCCACUCCCAUCCGACAACCGGGGGCUGACGUCCCCAAGGGCGACGCGCGCCUUCAACACCCAGAAGCUGCAGGCUCCAGCUCCCAACCCGGCCCGGAGGCCCUGAAACAGGGUGUCAGUCACAUCCCAGCCCCGGAGGCGACCCCCACGAUCAGACGGCAAAGCAAGGACGAACUAGCAGACGCCUUUCACGACGGCGACGCCAUGGAUUCUUCCGACGACGGUGCUGGAUCUCCCGGAGAGAAGAGACACUCGUCGGACUCGAAACUCGAAAAGAAGAAGAUGAAGAGAUUCCGAUUGACACACAACCAAACUCGGUUUUUGAUGAGUGAAUUCACCCGACAAGCACACCCCGAUGCUGCUCAUCGGGAGCGGUUAUCGAGGGAGAUCCCUGGGUUGACCCCACGCCAGGUGCAGGUCUGGUUCCAGAACCGACGAGCAAAGCUCAAGCGACUCACCAGCAAUGACCGGGAGCGGAUGUUGAAAUCUCGGGCCUUGCCGGAUGAUUUCGAUACAACCCAAGUGCUACGGACGCCUUUUGAAGGAAAGCCAUCGUCGGAUGGGCCGGUAUUAAUGACGGACGGGCUCCAACGACUCAACGAUGACGAUUAUGUGAUUUCUCCCCUGAGCUCUGCGUCUACGACCGGGCACGGUUUCUCGUCGGCAGGCCCUGACAGAAGCAUCGACGCGUAUCCCUCAGCCAGCCUGCUUGCGAGUCGCGCCCCGGGGUCUUUGACAGACCUGCAUCGAAAUAACCGGGGGACCUUCCCCUAUCCACGAUCCAGCAGCUUCUCUGAAGCAUCGCUCAGCGCUGGGUUGCAUUUCCCUGGACGAUAUCGACAAGACUCUAUUGGGUAUCAUGGACUGCCGUACGCACGACGCCCGGUCGAUUACACCCUGCAUCGACCGGCGAACGGCAUGGUGGUGGGAUACGACCAGCAGCGGCAGUUGGAAGGCUCCGUAUCGCCCACGGGGCAGCCGGAACAAUCCAUGCCCUACAGCGUGGACAGCCAGAAUCAACCAGUACACGGCUACCAACCUCCCCUCACGAUGCCCGCCCCAAAAGGAUACAGCGGGAUGGAGAUGGGAUCUCAGAUGCAAUCCCAAGGACGACAGAUCCCCUCCAUCCAGUCGAUCCCCGUCUCCGAAGCACCAGACUACAGACCUUACUCCUACGAGCACCACCCCUACAGCAUGAACGCGGCCAUGCCAUAUAGCCACGCAAACACAUCCAGCAUGAGUCUCCCGGCGUCGUUUCCGUCCGACUCGACCAGCGUCACAGCCAGCAGCUCCGCUGAUCCGAUGAGGGCAAAGUACGGCACUCAGACGUUUGACUACGCGAAUUACCUUUAA